CGUGAGGGGAGAAGUGCUGGGCCGCGUCCAGCUGUCCUGCUUUUCUCAAGGGAAGUGGUGAGAUUCUGUUAGUUCUUUAUUUUGUUAGUUACUGGGUUUUUUCGAUUGUGCAUACCUGUUUUGGUUUUGUCCAUUUUUGUCCCUUUAUGUCCUUUUUCCCCCUUCCUUUCCCUUCUUUCCCUUUUGGGAGCGAUUUGGGGUUCCUGUGUUCAUAUGUACAUAGCACCUUAAUUGUAUAUCUGUAAUAUAUGUAAAAUAUAUAUAUUUUUUGUAUAGCUCUUGCUAUUCCAUUUUUUUUAUUCUCUCUCUUCUGGGAGCUUUUCUUCUGUAGUCUGUGGGGUUUGGCGGGAAGCCAGCUACAGCCAGCUACACAUGGAGAAAGUCAUGGUAGCUUCAUGUGAAGUCAACAAGACCAGGCCAGCUUAAGUUUGUACCAGAUGGGGCUCUAGCACUCUGAUAUUCCUGUCACCAUUGGAAUUGAAGUUCCUGGAAUGAACUUUUGUCUGCACCUUGCUGAUUAAAAUUCAGCUUUACACAGCUCCUGCACUUCUUGCUGAAUGAGUUACUGGCAUGGAAUCUGCUGUCAGCAAGGACUUUAAGCUGAGUAAAACCACUUCAAACAGAGCAGAUCACAGAGACUGUCAAAUAAUAUCUGAUGACAUUAUGAUAAUUAACAUAAAAUAGUUCUGCAAUAACCCACAAUGAAAACCACAGGCAGAACCUAGAUCUGUGCUCUCGGAACUGAGAAGACAGGGAAAGUUCAGUCUCCAGCAAGGCUGUGAUGGUUCUGCAUAGCACCUUAAACAAACAGUGCUUGACUUUACUGCUGUGUGGAAAUGGGAACUUACUGAAAAUGUAUCCUUAGUUGCACUUUGUUGACAAUGUCUUCAUCCUCAACUACGUCUCAGGCUUCAGUUUUAUUUCCACUUUUUCUCCUUUCCAUCAAAUGCACACCACACUUCUAAUUGAUGCAGCCAGCAAAACCAGACAAGUUUCACUCCUCUACAUGCAUUAUUUCUCCAUCUGGGUCAUCCUCUGUCCCACUCUGGUCUUUCUCAGGACCAGUCAUGGAAGUCUGGUAAAGUUCCCGCUGACUGAAAAGGGGAAACAAAACCCCCACUUUUAAAAAGGGAAAUAAAGAAGACCUGGGGAACUACACACUGGUCAUUCUCACCUCUGUGCCCGGCGAGAUCAUGGAGCAGAUCCCCCGGACGUUACGCCAAGGCAAAUGGAAAAUAAAAAGGUGAUUUUUGACAUCCAACAUGGCUUCACUACGGGCAAAUAGUGCCUGACAAAUUUGGUGGCCUUCUACAACAAGGUUACAGCAAUGGUGGCUGAGGAAAGAGCAACUGAUGUCAUCUACCUGGACUUGUACAUAGCACAGGACACUGUCUCACACAACAUCCUUGUCUGUAAACUGGAGAGGCACAGACUACGUGGUGGAUAAGGAUUUGGCUGGAUGGUCACACUCAAACAGUUGUGGUCAAUGGCUCCAUGUCCAUGUGGAGGGCAGUAAUGAGUGGUGUUCGUCCGGGGGUUGAUAUUGGGAUUGGUGCUGUUCAACAUCUUUGUUGGCGACAUGGACAGAGGGACUGAGUGCACCCACAGCAAGUUUACCAACAACACCAACCUGUGUGGUGUGUUCAACAUGCUGGAGGGAAGGGAUGCCAUCCAGAGGGACCUUGACAGGCUUGGGAGCUGGGCCUGUACAAACCUCAUGAAGUUCAACAAGGCCAAGUGAAUGGUCCCACACCUGGGUCAGGGCAAGCAGCCCUGAGGAGAAAGACUUGGAGGUGUUGGUGAGUGAGAAGCUCAACAUGACCCAUCAGUGUGCACUCACAGCCUAGAAAGCCAAACACAUCCUGGGCCGCAUCAAAAGCAGUGUGGCCAGCAGGUCAAGGGAGGUAAUUCUCCCCCUCUGCUCUGCUCUGGUGAGACCCCACAAGGAGUACUGCAUCCAGUUCUGGUGUCCCCAACAUAAGAAAGACAUGGACUUGCUGGAGCGAGUCCAGAGGAUGUUCAUAAAGAUGAUCAGAGAUAUAGAGCCCCUGUACUAUAAAGACAGGCUGAGAGAGUUGGGGUUAUUCAGCCUAGAAAAGAGAAGGCUCUGGGGAGUUCUUAUAGCAGCCUUCCGGUAUCUAAAGAGGGCCUACAAGAGAGAUGGAGAGGGAGCUUGCAAGGGAAUGUAGUGGUAGGACAAGAGGGAACAGCUUUAAAUUGAAAGAGGGUAUUUAUUUAGAUUAGAUAUAAGAAAGAAAUUAUUUACUGUGAGAGUGGUGAGACACUGGAACAGAUUUUGCCCAGAGAAGUUGUGGGUGCCUCAUCCCUGGCUGUAUUCAAAGGGAUGGGGCCCUGAGCAACCUGCUCUUGGGGAAGGUGUCCCUGCGUGUGGCAGGAGGGUUGGAAGAGAUGAUCUUGAAGGUCCCUUCCAACCCAAACCAUUCUAGGAUCCUGUGAAUUCUAUGUCAUGGGAUCCUGGCUCUCAUUGUGCAAGUUAGGGAACAGGCUCCUGUGACUAAGAAAUAAAGUGCUCGUCACUUCUUGUGGUAAACUUAUGUUUCCUGUCAUGUCCUGCCGCAGACUUCUGUGACACUUCCCAAGUUUUGCUGCCUUCAACCAGAAGUUGCUCCCAAAGAGUCUUAAUGGCAUCUUAAAUAAUAUUUUCUUACCAAAAGAAUCCAUCUGUCUAACUUCUGGUUCUGAAUGAAUUUCCUGUAGCAAAGAUCUUUCAUGAUGACAAUUUAAAGUAGGACUUUUCUUGUUUAAAAGAGAGUUUGUUCUCUUCCAAAAUCUCCUCUAUCCCAUUGAAUAUUUUAAAUUUUUAUAUUUAUGCAGCAAUCUUGUACCCAAUACACUACAUCUGCACAUUUAUACCACCUUAGUUUCCUCUUGUCUUUGCAUCAAAUUUGAGCACCAUUUCUUUUACCUUGGAGGCCUGAUACUGAUUACAUGUUCUCUCUCCAGCCUUGUAUCUAUCUUAAUCUCUACUUACAAAAAGACCUCUUCUUCCUCUCCACGCCCUUGUCUAAAAUAGAGCUAUGAUAUCUAUUCACAUGCAUUACUAAUUCCAAGGUCAAUGAUAAAUACUCAGAAAACAAACCAAUGUUACUGAAAAUAGCACAUUGAAAAGCAGAGGAGUGUCAAAAUGUGAUAUUGUAUUUAAAAAAUCAAGGGGGGAAAAUAUGCAGAACACCCUCCCACAAAAAACUAUAGCAAAUGAGAUGAUCCUGGGACCAAGAUGAUCCAGCUAAAUUUGUGUCUUACAUUAUUUUCUUUACAUGAUCAUUAUCACUCUUUUUUUUACUUAUUUACAUAAGACCUUAACUCACACUCCUCCAUUCCAGUGAACAUCAAUGCAGACAAUUUUGGAACACCAGUCUGAUCAAACAGAAUUACCAGAAUAUCAGACUGCUGUCAUCAAGAGAGUUCAAACAUGGUGUGCAGUCCUAAUGCCUGAGCAGUUCAUUUCCUGCCAACUUUGAUCUGUUUUCUGUAUUUACUUCUUAUGUCUCUGUCCUCAGUGGUAAUUACUCUGACUCCUAGCUUUCAAACAAGACAAAAAGCUGAAGCCUCUUUUCUCCUUGACCCACAGAACUGUACUGGGGAAGUGCUGUGGCUUAAGAAGGGAGACAGAACUCUGAAUCUGAAAUUAGUAGCUCAGUGAGGAAGUGUAGAAACAGGUACAGUAUUAUUUUAAAACAACCCUCAUGAAAGUAUUCUGAAAAAAAUCCCCAAACAAACCAAUUUUUAAGUGAAAGAUGUAGGCCACCUUCAGUUUCUGUCUCAUUUCUGUUGAAUAGAAUUUAAAAUAGACUUUUCUUUCCCCUCAAAACUCAGUUUCUGUUCUCAGGGUCUGGAUAGACUUGUUGUUCAAGAUGAGAACUGUGCUGCCAGCAGCUAAGAAAGAAAUGAUUAAAAAUGUCAAUUACAGAAAAGGUUUGAGACUGCUUUUUUUUUUUUUCUCUUGAGGAAGAUACAAGGAAGAAUUGUCUUGGAGGUAGUGCCAAAGAAGUGUCAAAGAAGUAGUAGUAGUAACAGACAUGACAAACAUGAAGAAUAAGUUUCUCUCUAGCUUCCCAAGACUAACAUUUCCUUUUUGAUAUUAAACUCAGCCUUGCAUAAUGUCCUCUGCUUUUACCCUUUCUGAACUCUGCUGCAGGGUUUAUCUUCACUUAUCAGCCUCCCGAGGAGAGCCAAUGAACGGAAGGCAGAACUGCUCAGCCUGCUUCCUCAGUGUUCACCCAGGCUCUCAGCACAGGAAGCUUAGUGCUCUGAAAAGUCAGAAGGAGGAACCUCUUCAGCUUUGAGGAGCCAGUUGAUCAGGAGCAUGCACAGCUAGAAGAGAGGAGUUGGAAAGGGAGAGAGGAAACACUUGACACCGACUGCUGAGGGUGCACUGGCAGGCAAUAAACGCUCCCCGUGACCACAGUUAGGUUGGUGUCGGGAUGGAUGGAGUGACGGAGCUGCCUAAGGCAUGAAAGCAGGAACCAACAUGAAGAUUUCUGGGAAGACUGUGUAUAUGUUUGUGCUGCUCACCAUCAUUGUUAUGAGAUCAGGAGGGAACAACGAAGUGUCAGUGACCAUAGGUGACAGCUCAGUGCUCGCCUGCCCUCUCAAGCCAAAUAUAAAUAUGCUAACAUGGAAAAUAUAUCCCAAGGCUGGAGGAUCCUGCAACUUGGGCUACAGGGCAGAUACAAACACAACAGACAGAACAAACUGCAGUGACAGCAUGAACUGGAAAUUCAGACCAGAUCUGGGUCCUGUGCUUGAGAUACAGCAAGUGGGGAUAGCCCAGGAGGGAAAUUACAUCUGUGAACUUGUAACACCAGAAGGGAAUUUCCACAGGACAUACCACCUGACUGUGCUGGUGCCCCCAAGGCUGAGCCUCUUCUGUGAUGAACACGGGAAGCCCGUGUGCGAGGCAGCGGCAGGGAAGCCGCCUGCUCGGGUCUCGUGGCUCCUUGAGAGCAACUCCUCCCUUGAGGAAGAAAGCCACGACAACGGGACAGUGACUGUUCUCAGCAGGUUGACAGCAUGUGACACCAACGUGACUGACACAACCUGUGUGGUGUUCCACCCAGCUGGGAGCUGGAGUAAGUCCAUAGCCUGUUGUCCCUCAGACAAAAAGAACUCUAUCCUGUAUGUCUCCAUUACCCUUUGUCUUCUGAGCAUUAUGACCUUCAUGGCUGUCAUUUACUACAUCAAGCUCCACAGCAAUAGACUGUGCCACAAAACCACACCUCCUGAAACUGAUCCUAUACAGAAUGACACCAUGGAAGUGGAACCUUAUACUACUUACGUGCAGAAGGAAAACAUAAUUUACAACUCAGUGUCUGAUCUGACAGUGGGGCAGAAUCUUCCACAAGAACUGUGGCCUGAAACAUGAACAAUUCAACAACACUGGAAAAGGAAAGACAUACUUUAUAAAAGACUGGUUAUAUAGAGAAACUUCUCAGAGGAUUUCUUCAGAUUUUGGGGCAGCAUAGCUCACUAGGUCUGUUCAGACACCUGUGCUUGCCGAUGAGUCUUUAUAGGUAUAUUUUUUCCCCCCUGUUUUGCUUUCUUCCUUGGGAAGGGAAACAGUGAUGUUCCUUGCAAAAAUGGACUGACCCCAUAACACGUUUUUUCCUGGAAUAGAUGCUGUGACCAGUGUUCCCUUUACUGUUCUUGCCCUGGAGGUUCUAGUUUUGUCAGUCACUUCUAAAUGUAACUUUGAUACACUUGACACUAUGAUGCACACAUUUGGGAGACCAGAGGAGUGUUAUUUCCGAACUAAAAUGAAACACUCUUCAAUCAGCAGCCACCUUUUUCUAAUUCACACUUUACUAACAUAGUGACCCAAGUACCAAUCAUCACUGAAUACCUCAAUUAGCAGAAGAUAUUGGUAGGGAAGACCCAGUUCUGAAAAUGGAAAUGAGUGAUAAAUUUAGAAGAUCAUUCACUAAGAAAGAGUCUUCAGUAACAUGAUUAAUUUACUUGUUAGUUUCAUAUUCAAUAACUCAGGAUACCAUUAUAGGAUAUAGUCCUAUAGGACUAUAGGAUACCAUUAUAGGAUAUAUGUCCAUCCAGAGGAACCUGGACAAGCUGUAGAAGUGGGCCAAUGAGAAUUUCACAAGACCAAGUGCAAGGUGCCGCAAAUGGGUUGGGGCAACCCAUGGUAUCCAUCCAGGCUAGGGGAUGAACAGAUCAAGAGCAGCCCUGCUGAGAAGGACUGGGGUGUGAUGGUGGAUGAGAGGCUGGACCUGACCCGGCAAUGUGUGCUCACAGCCCAGAAAGCCAAACGUGUCCUGGGCUGCUUCAAAAGCAACGUGACCAGCAGAUGGAAUGAGGUUCUGCCAUUCUGCUCUGCUCUGUGAGACCCUAUCUGAAGUACUGCUUCCAGCUCUGGUGUCUCCAACACAAGAAAGACGUGGACAUGUUGGAGCAGGUCCAGACGAGAGCCACAAAGGUGGUUAGAGUGAUGGAGAACCUGUCGUAUGAGGAAAGCUUGAGAGAAUUGGGAUUGUUCAGCCUGGAAAAGAGAAGGCUUAGCGGUGACCUAAUUGUGGCCUUCCAGUACCUGAAGGGAGUCCACAAGGAAAACGGGGAGGGAUUUUCUACAAGGGCAUGUAGUGACAGGACAAAGGGGAAUGCCUUCAAACUAAAAAAGACUAGGUUUAGAUUAGAUAUUAGGAGAAAAUUCUUUACUGUGAGGGUGGUGAGACACUGGAACAGGCUGCCCAGAGAAGUUGUGGAUACCCCAUCCAUGGGAGUGUUCAAGGCCAGACUGGAUGGGACUUUGAGCAACCUAAUCUAGUGGAAGGUGUCCCUGCCCUUGGCAGAGGGGUUGAAACUAGAUGAUCCUGAAGGUCUCUUCUAAUGCAAACCAUUCUAUGAUUCCAUGAUUCCAUGUUAAUUCUGUAUUUCAGAUAAUUGUUAUGAUUACUUUUUCAUAAGAUACUCCAAAGAUAUGGCAUUUCUCUCUUUCUUAAGAGUAUUAGCAUUAAGAUACUGUAAAAUAAUUAUGUUACUCAAAUCUCAUAGGCUACUUUUAUCAGAAACAAACAUAAAAUAUUUCACAAAACAAGUUAAAAUAUAUUUUCUAUGAGAGUGCAAUUAUGUACAAGAAGGAUAAAAUGCUUGCUAAUUCUAGUCAUACUUAUUUUAACUACCACAACCGAAGAUUUUUUUCGUUCUUAUGUUCUAGAUGUUUUAUUGAUAUUCUUUUAAAUGUACUUGCAAGUUCACUUUUUUGUAUGCAAAUUAGCUUACAUAUCUUAAUGCAUCUCAUAUUGAGGUGACUUCUUCUCACCUUCCCAAAAUAUCCUUUGGGAAUAAGUCAAAUAAAUUAUCCUCUAUAUAAUAGCAGUUCUCAGACUUUUUGGACUGAUACCUUUCCAGCUAAAAU